ACAGCCUCUAUCCCCUGGGACAUUCUCCAACUCUGAACCGAGCGGAGUCGCCGGUCAAUGAAUGCAGACGUGAUAGAGCAUUUUUUUCAUAUCCCACAAAAAGACUGCGUUGCUAUGGGUCAAAGAUCCACAAUCUCAGCUCAAGUAACACUCAUCCGAUGUUGUUCUGAGCUAUCGGAGACAAGUGUCUCACGACUCCACUCAGUCAGAGACUGCGCAGUUCUCUGAGUCCCAUCUUCUGGAUACCUACCUACCUAUCCAAGCAGGGAGAAUCCCUCGAGACCUCGACACUGAACCCUCGGCUCAGGCCGUGCCUGUGUCAGUCACUUUCGUCGCGAUUCGCGUUCUGUCUGCUCCAGCUGGUCCAGGUCUCGCUGGUCUCCAUAUUGAAUGCCUUAUCCUGAGUCUCGUAUGUCGAGAUGCUUCAGUUGAGUAGAGCGCUCAGACGCGUCUUAUACUGAGCGUGCCAACACACACUGCCAUCAUUUUUCUCAUGAUGCUUUUGAAACCAUACAAUAACCGCUAUACCGAGUGUGAGUUACAAGUCUCGGCCACACUGCGGUAUUCAAUGCGAACAAAGGGCUCAACUGCUGUUUAAAGACGCGGGCCAAACAUAGCUCUCAGUAUCGGCCUUGUUCGCCGAUCGUGGGCAGAGUCUGACAUUCCCCAUGGACCAAACCUCACGAGCUCCUGCGUGUCUCGACCUAGUACUAAGGACCCGAUUCCUUGGAAACCUGCCGUCUCGCUUAAGGGAUGAUCACAACGCGUGUUGAACGGACACACUAAUUAUUCUGGUCCCGAGUAAACAACUCAGAAUCAAGGAAUUAAGCUUGUUGAAGCCGUCUGGAUGCGACUUCAUCAUACCAUUGCUGCUCAGAAGACCUUUGUUGCUUACAUGAACGAGUCAAGCAUACUGUGCUUUGUUUGUGCCUUCUCGUCCAGCUUUCCUUUGUUUAUUGUCGAUUAGUCUAUUUUGGUACCUACCAGCAAUUGACUGCUUUUUUCUGUGUCGUCGGAUCUAAAUCUCCUAUCGAAUCAAUAUCUCACAUUGCUUCUUUACACAAGAUGCACUCUGGUCAUCCGCCAACAGGCUACUGCACUUCAGAUGCAGAAAAGAAAAGAGAAUCAUGCAUCCGCAGCAGACCUGUAAUACUGUGCUGUAUGUACGGAUACUGCAAGUCUGAGAGUGCAGAAAAAUGACAGUCAAAAAGUGUGACGCAAGGGAUCAAUCGCGCGUCUGCAUACCAAACAAACCCCCGAGGCCCGAGCCCGAACUAGAGCAAGCCCAUGUUCCUGUCAAAGCCCUUGGGAAGAUGCAAGUGUUCGGAAUGCUCUUGGGGUUGUCUGAAAAGAGGGAUGGCUUCAUGGCUAGAGCUAGACUGGGAAGCCCCUCUACCCAGGAAUGCCCCUCCAGGUCAAGGGCGUCUGCUUGAUCAACAGAGACACAUGCAAUGCAACGCUCAAAGUGGGUGUCCUGGACCCACGCUAUGUUUCAACUUCCUUUGACAGCUUCUCUCUGCUUUCAUAUCUAUUUGUAUAUCAUGCCGUCUGCAUCCCUGGUUUAUUCAUUUCGAUAUCAAUAUUAUUGCAAGUUAAUUUCAUGCUUCAGACUUCACGAUCCACCAUGGAGCCUUCUAGCAGAUUGGCCGACCUCAAGCUCGUCUCAAAGUAUUACCCUGUCACCAACUACUCGUAUCCUCAACAGCCGGAACGCCCAACGCACUAUCGAAGUCGCUUCUCUGACGACAGAGCCUCAUUGGGCUCCGAGGGAUCCUCGCCCAGUCUGAUUGACGACCGAACAGACUCGGAAGUUUCUCUGGACGACGACUACCAGUAUCACGCUCAUGCUACAGAGCUUUGGGAUAGCUUCUGGCUUCCUAGCAAGAGCAACAACCACGAGGCACACCCAAAAAAGCAGUAUCCAGCUUUGAUUCCAUCUCCUCACCCACAAACCCAACUACAUAUUCAGCAAAAGCCGCAGAUCCAGCAGAUGCCACAACAGAAGCAGCCUGAGCAGCGCCGUCUCAACCCAUGGCCUCUCCCCAAGAGUGCUCAGAACCAAGGCCGAAAGCCAAGUGCAGCUUACUCCCCCUUCCCAAAGCCUCUCCCACUUCCACCUCGAGAUGCACCAAUGACCCCAUCUUGGCAAUGCUCUCGAGAUGUGAGGCAGAAGCCUCAACGUCCUCCUCGUCCCCACGAAGAGGUUUACGUCUUCCGCUCCCUCCAGAACUCACCACUUGCUGCCCGCUUUGCCUUCUCUCAAGACUCACCCCGACCUACUACACCAAAGGACAGACGUCCCACGACAUCUCAAGAGAUACGAGCCCCAACACCCUCAAAGAUCAUUUCACACUCUGAAACCGCCUUACGCCAUUCUGCGGGACAUGUUUGUGCACCCAAAACCCAGCCACCCGCUUCUGUGAUGCGCUCAAAGAAGUCUCUCCCUUGCAUGCGUCCUCUUCCGCCAACUCCACAACUGGAGACGGAAGAGAAACCGGAGGCUGAGCCCCACUCAGUCUUUGAAUACGAUGACUCUGAUACCGAGUCUGGCAGCCGCUCAUUCUGGUUUCAUCGUCGGUCCGGAAGUGACCAACGAAAGACAGGCCAGCGAACUGCACCCUCAUCGCCUCGCAAGAGACAAAACGAUGUCAUAGGGCGUAUGCUAGGACGACGCAGUCGAGGCUGAUGACCAUAUCACUUUUCUUUUUCUUCAGCUUGCUUUUGCUUUUUCUUCUUCUUACGACCACGUUCUUUUCACGUACAUGAUGAUACCAACUACGAUGUCUCUACGACCUAUGACAACUUUACACUCAUUUAUGACUCAAGUGGACAACUCCACUAUACGCAUCGACGUUGCCAGACGCGACAUGACUAUAACGACCUUUCUUUUCUCUUUCUUUUUUUUUUUUCUUUUUCUCUUUCUUAUUCUCUUCCUUUUGCGGAUGAAUGCCGAGAGAACCAGCACGGAGUUCCGGAAAACGCCCAAUCUAGGGGUGGGCGAGUGGCACGUGGACCACCAGUCGUUAUUCAUUAUUUCCUUUGUUAUACUGGGUUCGGCUCUUGGGGCCAGACACAUUCGCCUGAAUACAAGAUUCAGAGCAGGCGCAAGAAAAAGGUGGCUGGGUCUUUGACUGACGAACAAAGGUAAAGACCAAAAGAGGAAAAGGCUACGGGGAGUUCUUUAUGAUAGCAAUUCUUUUAUACAGGAUUAAACAACCAACGGUUAUUGUCGAAUGAAAACAGCUUGAUGAUGACGUCCACAUACUACCUGA